AUGCCACCAGCUCACAAAGGCCAUGCCUUCCGUCCAGAGAAUGUUCUCAAGCGUGCCCGCGACUUGAUCGGUGUAGGUCAAAAAGAGGCCGCUUUGGAUACCUUGUACGAGUUGAUUAUUUCAAAAAGAAUUCGUUAUUUGCAAGUUGAAGAUCUUGAACCAAUUGCAGAUUUGCUUAUUGAGUUAGCUGUUGAACUCAGAAGAGGAAAAUUGGCCAAGGAUGCUUUGCAUCAAUACAAGAAGAACAUUCAGCUCAACGAGCAUGGGUUAGAGUCUGUGCAAACUAUUGUGCGUAAAUUCAUUAGCUUGGCCGAAAAGAAGUUGGAUGAAGCUCAAGCUCAAGCCGACAUCAAGAUUGAUCAAGAGGAAGCUGCAGAAGAAGACUUGGAAACUGCUCAAACUCCAGAGACUAUAUUGUUGAGUGCUGUAUCUAAUACUGAUACUGCCGAUCGUACAGAGAGAGAAUUGGUUACUCCAUGGUUGAGAUUUUUGUGGGAAGCUUUCCGUGCAACUUUGGAUAUUUUGAGGAAUAAUUCUAAAUUAGAAGUUACCUAUUCUGCUAUUGUUAAUCAAGCUUUCAAGUUUUGUUUAAACUUCAAGAGAAAGGCCGAGUUUAGAAGAUUAUGUGAAUUGUUGCGUGUCCAUAUGCAAUCUGUUACUACUCAAACCAAGACUUCUAGUAACAAUGCUAUCGAUUUGUCUGACUUUGAAACCGUGCAACGUUACUUGGAGCAAAGAUUUGCUCAGUUAAACAUUGCUGUUAAGUUGGAGUUGUGGCAAGAAUCUUUUAGAUCUGUUGAUGAUGUCCACACAUUGAUCACAGCAUCCAAAAAGGCACCUAAACCAACCAUGAUGGCCAAUUAUUACGAAAACUUGGCCAGAAUCUUUGCUGUUUCCGACAAUGCAUUAUUCCAUGCUGCUGCUUGGAACAAGUUUUUCAAUUUGUACUCCCAAUCACCUAUGGCUACUGACGAAGAAUUGAAGAAGUACGCUUCAGUAUUUGUUUUGUCAACAUUGGCUAUUCCACAAAGCGCCAUCCACGAUGCCGAUGAGCACAGAACCAAGAACUCGAAGUUGUCAUCCUUGUUGAACUUGUCGCAACCACCAACCAAGGAUGGUUUGACCAGAUCCAUUAUCACCAGAAAUGUUUUAAAAUAUGUUGAUGAGCCAAUUAGAACUUUGUUUGAAUUAUUGCAAGGCGGUAACUUCCACCCAUUAUCAGUCAAGAAGCAAGUUGUUGAACUUUUCAAAAUUCUUCAAGCAGAUGAGAACUUCAAAAAGUAUAUCCCUACAUUGACUGAGGUCAUCUUGUUGAGAAUUUUCCAACAAGUAUCUCAAGUAUACGAUGUUGUGAAAUUGAACUUUUUAACUUCUCUUGGAGUUUUUGAAGGUCUUGAGUACACUUUGACCGAAUUGGAAGUUGAAGACUUGAUUGUUAAUGCAGUCAAGGAUGACUUGCUUGCGUUGACAAUCGAUCAUGAAGCAGGCGUUGUUAACUUCAAGUCCAAUCCAUUUGAAGAAACAACUACUUCAUUUGCCAAUGACUUGCAGAUUUCGCCAGCCGAGUUGGUUCGUUCCCAAAUCAGUAAAUUGGCAGCUACUUUAGCAUCAUCAGUGCAAAUCAUUGAUCCAAGCUAUGAGCGUCGUCAACAAGAGGCCAAACAGGCUGCUUUGCAACGUGCUGUUGAAGGUUUGAUCCGCGAACAACAGAGACUUGCUGAUAGAACUAAGAUUCUUGAAGAGCGUAAACUUGCAGCUGAGAAACGUAAGCGUGAAGAAGAAGAGUUGCAAGCUAAAUUGAAACAAGAGAGAAUUGCUGCUGAGCAAAAAGCCGAGCAAGAGAGAUUGAUCCAAGAGCAGGAGCGUAAGAAGGAAGAGAAAUUGCAAAGAGAGAAGGAAGCGAUUUUGGAAAAUGAAAAGAGAAAGCUUGCCGAGGAAAUUAACGCCAAGGGUAUUAUCAAGGUUGAUAUGAACAAUUUGAAAGAUUUGGACAAGUCCAAGUUGCAAUUGAUGCAAAUUGAACAAUUGAAUAAAGACAGAAAGGAAUUGGAAGAGAAGUUGAAGGGCACUGCUAAGAAGGCUGAUUAUUUGGAAAGAGCUUUCAGAAAGUACGAGUUGAAAUUGUUGGAAGCUGAAGCUCAAAAACAACAAGGCUUGGAGCGUGAACAAUAUGAGAAUGUUAAGCAGUUGAAGGUUGCCAAGGCUAAGAAAGACUUUGAUGAAGCUAUCCAGGUCAGAGAUCGUCUCCAACGUAUCAUUCCUGAUUAUACCAAAUUCAAGAGCGAGAUUGAUGCCAAGAAUGCCGUUAAGGUUGCGAAAUUGAAGGAAGAGGCUCAAGAAAGGUUUGAAAAGGCUAAACAAGAGAGAAUUGAAAAAGUCAAGAGACAACGUAUUGAGGAGUUGAAGAGUAGAAAAGAGAGAGAACGUAAAGCACAAGCCGAGGAAGCUGCUAGAAAAGCACAAGCCGCAGAACAUGCUAAGUUGAAGGAAGAAUUGAGAAUUCAAAGAGAAAAGGAUGAAGAGUUGCAAAGAAAGAGAGACGAGAUGGCUGCCGCCGCUGCUGCCGCUCAAGCUGAGCAAGAAGCCAAGCCACCAAAACAAAUGUCGUAUUCUGAAAGAAUGAGAUUAAAGAGAGAAGGUAAAUUGCCAUGA